CGUGUCAAUCUCAAGAGCUGGUCUUUGGUCGUUUUUAUCCUCUUUUUUAGUUGUUUGUUAAUCGUUCAGGCCUGGUGCCAUCCACAUACUACUCACUACUCACUAAUUUUUCAACAACCGCCAAUAUCAAAUUACCAAAAAAUCCAAAUUCUACGACGAAGCCGCUGGUCGACUUCAUCAUCACGAAACUAAUUACCAGUCUCUUGCUUGCUCAAAACACGACUUACACCAUUUCAAGAUAUUCAAAAACCAUAACUCUCAAUUUCAAUACUCUCUACGAAACGUAAAAUCAAUCACAAUGGCCGCUAUCCAGCUCAACUUCACCCUGCGCACUUCCGCCAACGUCAAGACCGUCCACUUGCUCGGCUCCUGGGACAACUACAACGGACAACUUCCUUUGUCCAAGGACUCCUCCAAGACCGGCGGCUGGAAGGGCACCUUCCGCUUCCAGGGUUCCACCCUCAAGCAAGGCCAGCGCUACUGGUACUACUACAUCAUCGAUGGCUACCACGUUUCCCACGACCCAGCCCGCGAGAGCGUCACCGAGCCCACCACCGGCCGCAAGCUCAACACCUUGGACAUCCCAUCCAGCGGUGCCGCAGCCAAGACCGAGACAUCCCGCAAGGAAGCCCGCCAAUCCUCGCGCCACAACCGCACUUCCUCUGGUGUGCCCAAGGGCCGUCCCCUCGACAAGAGCCAAAUCGUCUCCCCAAAGCCAUACAAGCCCCAAGAGUCCCUCAAGGUCCGCACCGAACAGUUCGCUCAGCCAACUCUCGAGCAAUUGACCGCCAAAUUCGCUCAGCAGCAACUCGUUGAGUCUUCCGACGACUCUGAGGACGACAGCGACAGCGAUGUCGACUCCGAUGUCCCAUCCCUCAGCUCUUCCCGCAGCUCCGGCUCCUCGUCCGUCCGCUCUGGCGCUUCUUCCCCAAGCUCUGUCUCCUCGAACAGCUCCUGCUGCUCCUGCGAACGCUACGGCAUCACCCGCGCAGGCAACCGCGUCAAGUUGGACUGCGGUGGUGCACGAUGCGGAUACUCUGACGGAUCUGACUGCUCUUCCGAGUCUGAGGAUGAUGCUCGCCGCUACAAGUCUGGCUCUACCCGCCGCCACGGAAUCGUUGUUCGUCAGUAGAUGGAUGACUUCUCUGUGCUCUCGGCACUGGACAGCUUGUUUUGUUUGACGAUGACGAUGAUGGAAUGAAAGAAAUACGAUGACGACCAUUCACUUCUUUUACGACGACUUUUCUUCUUCUAUGAGAGCGAGUUUAUUGGUUUUUUUGCAAGAAAGGAAAGAGAAAGACACGCUUUUGCACACCUUUUCAUCGGACUGUGCCGUCCGGUGUUGUGUUUGAAGAAAGUCAUGCUGGCUGGUCUGGCAUGAUAUCUUCUUUCACACCCGCCGCGGCUCCGAUGUGUGUGUCUAGGCGCACUUGUCUUGGAAGUAUAUCUGCACGCCUGCGAUUUUGAUCCAUUGGCGACCAGCAGACAAGACAAGACGAUAUCGCACUUUGCUCCAUCAGCCAUUCUGAUGAGCAUUGCCAGCGAUGCAACAGAGGACUUCUGGGGUGGAUUGCAGAAGGAUGUCCUGGAGAGAGACUGUCACGAGGAGGUCUGAGAUGUAAAUGGAACAGACGCGUGCAGUCACAGAGUUGUGAUGAGGAAAGGGUUCAGCUCGAAUGCAGUAAUGGUUUAGCCCAAGAUUUUUACUUGAUCGGACAUAGACAAACAUGAAUCAAAUGACUGCAUGCUGGUUGUUGCAUACCUUCAAGACCCUUGGAGAGAGCUGUUUCCGAAUGCAGUAGCGCA